CACUGGGCUAAUUUGCUAAGAUCUUUUGCUAGCUAGCUGGCUAACCCGCUUUGUUAAAGAAAUAACGGUUUAGGAUUUUAAAUGAUCAGAUUAUAAUUGCAUAAAAGUGGUUUGCUUGUUUAGUUUCCAAAUAUAAACCUGUUUAUCCGUCGAAUUUAAUUCAAAUAUUAGUGUUUCGUGUAACUUUUUGGGAUAGCUAGCAAAACUAGCCUCAUCGCCAGUUCCACUUUGAACGAAGCCGCUAGCUAGUUAGCAGAUUAGCUUCUGAGGUAAACUAGCCCUGUCCUGUGUGCAUGCUAGCUGUCUGACAGAAAGACUCUGCAGCUUCGUUGCUGCAGUUUUAACGUUUAAAUCUUUGCUAAUUAUAUUAUUUAGUGACUACAUUUACUGCUUAAGUCUACUGCAAAUUAGUCAGUCGUGUAAUUAAGACCGAGAUCAGGUUUUCUGGCUUUAGGAAAAGAAAAGGACUCAAAGUUGAUAGAGUUAGAUCCCUUUCUUUUUUUUUCUCGUUAAGGCUAAGCUAGCUAGCUACGACUGGGCUAGCUAGCUAGCUUUUAAGCUAAAUGGUUCUUCCGAGAAUGGACCUUUUGAGCCACCAAUUUAUGGAUAAAAUGAACAACAACAUCGGAAGACUUCACUACGAUUCUUAUGAUGAUGAUUCCGGGGACUCCAGGAUGCACACACUGUCCUCCUCCACAGGGAACAGCAGGACAGGGACACCCAUCAGCCCCGUUAAAAGGAAGUUUGAGGAUGUAGAAGUGGGGAGCGGACAGGAGUACGAAAACGAACAGAUGGCCAAGAUGAGCUGCCUGCUCUCCUCUCACCUGGGGAAUCCAGCAGAUGGAGACACCAGGCCGGAACCUUGGACUCACUGUCACAACCCGUUUGAACACGCUUCCUCCGCCAUCAGUGGGCUCCAUGCUGGCCGUCUGUAUUCCCCGUUCCACUUCUACGCCAUGGAGCAGCCACUGGCUCUGACCAAAAACAGCACGGACGUGACCAGGUCCACUUUUCUCCCGUCGCUCGGCUCGACAGAGCGACAGCAGAACCGUCCGUCGGUGAUCACCUGUGCUCCAGCGAGUAACCGCACGUGCAGCCUCUCGAACUGUCACAUGUCCCCGAACGGCUUCUCCUCCGCUGCAAAUAACGUCAAGAGCAAAGCUAACGCCAACGCUGUGUGUGAUCCCGUGAUCGAGGAACAUUUCCGCCGCAGUCUGGGGAACAUCUACAGAGAGCCAGAGGUGGCGUCUAACUCCGUGUCCAUCACCGGGUCAGUGGAUGAUCACUUUGCCCAGGCGCUGGGAGACACCUGGUUACAGAUCAAAGCCAAGGGCAGCGGCUCUGGGAGUCCCGAGUCCACUUCAUAAAGUUCUCCAGAGAACCUGUCUAAACCUUCUGGGCUGGUUUGUCCUGGGUUAAACUCCUUUCACACCAAGUCUGAGCUCCAAAAUUAUUAUUAUUACCUUUAUGAUCUGUAGUUUCUUACAGGUCACUAAUUUUAGUUUCUUUAUUCUAAAAUCAAUUUAAAAAAAAAAAACAGUUAAGCUUUAAUGCUGCUGCUGAUUUUUUUUCUCUCUCUCAUGAAACGGACCUUUGACCUUUAGGAUCUCAUACAGGAUCACGUUUGAAUGAUGACACUAAAUUUAAAGUGGCAGUAUGCGAUGUUUAAACCUUUCCACUCAUCCACCAUUUUGUGUCACAUGAGUCCCCCUUAAGGUCUGAUUUAUACUUCUGCGUAAAUAUUUUUUAAUCCAGAGUAAAAGGUCUGUGAGUAUCUGGUGUGAACUCCUCUGGUAAAAUCACAGUCUGUGCUGUGGUGCAUCCAGUAAACACUGAUAACAGUGGGAUUGGGACGACACUGAAACACUCGACUCGGUCAAAACCAGGGCAAAAAACCUUCAGCCUAAGCUCAGGAGUCUGUUCUCUACAGAAUAUUCAAACACGUGUGUUUUUUUUUUUUUUUAAUUUGUAGGGGUAAAAGCACGCUUGUUCUUCUUUCAAGUCUGAAUCGGAGUGAAAUCGGUUCUUGGUUCACGUGCUAUGUGGCAUAUAAUUAAGCAAAAUAAAUAAAUCGUGGUGUGUAGGGGUGAAAACGCCCUCAUAAAAACUCUGAUUUAUUAGAAAUGCUGCGAUAGAAUAAAGUUUAAAUAAAGCUUUAUCACAUGAUCACAAAAACCACUCGAAGACCGAGGACAUGGAACUGGCGCUGAUGAAAUGACCGCUCUGUUCUUGGGCUCCGUUUAAUGGGUGGGAUUUCAGUGCGAUUCACUUCCUGCAGGGAGUUGAUUCAGAGUCGACUCACUUUCUCAUCUGAGUUCACUUGAAAGCAGAUGGACUGCACGCGACCCGCACUCUCUCCAAGCCCAGUGUGAUCACCUGAUCGUGGUUCUUUAGACACACCAAGCUGGAGAACCCACCAGGGCUCUGUUUAAAUACCCAGUAUUCCAGAGCAGAGGUUCCUGUGCAUUGUGUUUUGGUUAAUGCCACACUGCCCCCUAGUGACAGUCUGCGUAUAACACACUCACAGAACCAUCAAUCAGACUGGAAAAGGGGUGGGGCUAAGUGUCUGUGGUUUGGUUUUGGGUGGAGCUAGUUGUGUAAACAAGUCUGUACUGAGAUUGCAGUUUUUGUACAGUAUAGAGAUCUUGCAGUCACGUGACUGGAAAGUACACAACCCCCAUCUUGUCGGUCAAAAACACCGCUGAAUACUGCUGCACUCGUGUACAGAAUGGAUCAAUUUCAACCGACGGACUACACGGCUCAUUUUUCUAAUGAACAGAUAACUAGAUAUAUGUCUAAAAUAAACGAUCUGCAGAUUUGUGACCCUUAUGGCUUUCCGGACGGAGUUUUCACGACCGGAUUUUGAACUGCCAGUGGAAUACCCGGACGUGUAUGAUUACCUCAUUAACUUUCCCUCGCUGUUCAGUGGUGAAGCACUGCGUGCUUAUAAAUCUCUGCACAGUUAUCUUUACAGAAAUUCAGGAUUUGUCAGCGACUCAGAUGUGGCAUCUUGUAAACAAGAAAAUAAUCCUCACUGGAUGGGUAAGUCACUUAAGUAUUGAGUAUAGCACUGACCAGCCGAUUAUAGAAUAGAAUAAGGUAAUUCCAAAUCGUCCGUGUUGUUUACAUGGAUCUGGCGUUGGAGAGGUAGAGGCUUGGCAGUGGAGGUUUGAGUAGCUGUUUUCUGAGCUUAGUCAACAGGCCGGCUCUGUAGCCUCGCUUCAGCUCCCGGCGCCGCCUCCUUCGCUUUGCUUCCAAUAACAAUCCACGGAGACCUCGCUGGUCUCGCCAUCUCGUCCGGAAUGUUUUUUUUUUUUUUCUCAUCCGGAAUGUUGUGCAUGCGAUGGAAAUCGCUACAAACCGUCAUUUUCUGCUGGAAACCAAUGUCCAGUAAGUCCAUACGGUUGUAGUGGAUAUUGAAGUCCGGUACAGACGAACAACACGCAGAAAUACACACAAAAAACAUAAAAACCGUGCACAGGUAGGGAGAGCUUGUAGCCGCAGCCGUUGUAGUAGAAUUGUAUAUAGUAGGGUUUUCCAGAAGAAAAGGUAGAAGUAAAAGCAGAAGUAGAAGGCGGAAUAUGGCGUUUGACCGACACGAUGGCGUCCGUCACAAUCUGGAUCGGUUGUGACGUCACAUGCAAGUGCUCCAUAUAAACCUGUGAUGAAGCUUAAAUCAUUUUCACUUGUUUGCCAGCUAGUGGGCUUUUUUGUCAGAAGAAAAUAAUUUCGGUUUCUUCUCCAGGAUGGGUCUUGGUGUCCCGUAACAGGAUUGUUCAUGAACAGUCGUGUUCAGUCCUGUGCCGUAGACGUAUGAUGCAGUGCCUUAUUUAGUGUGAUCCUGAUGCAAUAGCAGAGUCAUUUCUCACUUUUUUUUUCAAAUUGGAGAAACCUGUACAGGACUUGGUGUGAAAGGUGUUUUUAAAAUAAUAAUAAUAAUAAUAAUAAUAAUAAUUUUUUUUGAACAAAUGAUUUAUGUGAUGUGAACAGGGCCGUGAACAAGUGUCAGUCAUGGAGUGUUUUUUGUUUGUUUGUUUUUAAAGGGCUGCCAAAGACGCUUUUUACUAUUUUGAAACCUUUGCUGUAUUUGAUAACUGUCUCAAACAUGCAGAUUUUUUUUUUUAUUUAAAACAAACAAACAAAAACAACGUGCAACCCGAGAGUAUGAGCCGAUUCUGUUCUCAGAUGAAUUGUGUUUGAGUUUUGAUAAUUCUACAGUUAUUCAUAAUUACACACGUUGUCAACAAUCCUGUAAGAUCUCCUCCUCCUCCUCCUCCUCCUCCAGUAUCUUGGACCGAGGAUGUGUUUAACCUUUCAUCUCUAAUACGCACUCAUUAAUCCAACACACACACACCUCUUGUGUAUUUUAUUUGUAAUCUUUAAUCUGCUUGAAUACGUAUUUCAAAUAGCUGGUAUCUAUUACACAGACUUCUAUCUUUAUACCGUUCAUUCUUAGUUUUAUUUUUUAAUCAGUAACGGUUUUAGAAAGUCCUGCUGCUGGAACAGUGUACUCGAUAUAUUUUUAUAACAAAUGUCUUUUAGAUAUGACGGCACCUCGCUUUCAAGCACAGCCUCUGGAAAGGCAUUUACAUGCAGUAUACACCGCUUUUUAAAGAGUGAUUUCAGUUAUACAGAUUUAUAACGCUUCUUUACAGGACCGAGUGAGAUGAACAGCAGCUCUGCAACACCGUUUCUUUAUUUCACCGCCAUUGUGUUCAACAGUUUUAUCAUCAUGUUUGAUAAUAUUUCACAAACUCUGCCUCCCAGAUGUGUCCUGCUUCUGGAAUAGCCAUUCGCCCGUAUCUCAUUUUAAUAUUUCAUUGUAUUAUUGCAGUACUUUUUUUUUUUUUUUUAAAUCGCAUGUUUUUAAAUAGAAUUUUUCUCCAUGAUUGAUGUAAUUGUAUAAAGAGUGGAAAGAAAAAAAUGUAGCACUAUAUUACAUCCUGGAAAAAACCAACAACAAUCCGAAACAGCAUCUUAACACAGGAUUUGGUCAUUUUCAAUACAGCUGAUAAAGGGAUGUGUGUAGAUCUGCCAAAUUAACACAUUUUGUGUUGGAGCUCUGAAAUCUAACAGGUUAUUAAUCAAAAUACGCCUCAUUUUCCCCCCACCAAUAAAACCUGCAGUGAGCCAAUCAACAUGCCAGUCUUGAAUGAUUGACAGUUGCAUAGUUGCCCCGCCUCCUUCUCCCCAUGACACAUUAGUCAUGUUUCGGCUGGGCCUCGAUUUUCAUGCUUGAGAUGUGCUCUUUCUGUCAAUUUAUGUGUUUUUAAAUUCACAAACAGAACCUUUUUUUUUUUUUUAAACACCGAGAUUCAGCAACCUUUAUGAUCUAAAGAGUCAGUUUUUUCCCAGAAAGAAAAAAACAAUUCUGGCUGGAGCUACAAAAAAAAUAAACUGAGCCCAUUAAAUGCAGGUACCACAACAUAUUUAGUGUAAAUUAGCUUAUCAACGUGACUAAUAUAUCCAAAUGAGCAUUCAUUCAUAUGUUUUUACACACACACACAAGGUGGCGACUCUGAUUACUGAAGAAUUGAUUCUUUCCGUCCGUGAACGGUUCUCAGCACCUCGCAAUCAUCUGAGCUGCACCGAAACCAGCCGCAGUAGAGGAGUUUGGAGAUUUGAUUCCUUAGGACUGUUUUCUAAAAUUUCUCUCUCUCUUAUUCCAUCCAUCCCAGCCAAAUAGUUUCCAGUAAAUGCAGUGUGCAUCUUUCAGUGAUUCAUUUUUCACCGUGUUUGCGAUCUUCUCACUGCAGAUCAGGCACGCCGCUAAGCCAGUAAUCUUGGUCAUGGAAGCAAACGAAUCUGUCCAUGCAUUAUUAAAUUCUCCGUUUUCCUUCCAGACUUUGCUUUUUUCGGCGUUUGAAUCCAUAUCUAGUCUGGGAAACACCCACUCAGCCCCCACUGAACUAGCAGUCGGGCCCCAGGCUGUAAUGUAGUGUAUGAUGCACAUCUGUAAGAAUGACUUCAGGCCAACAACAGCAACGAUGAUAAAAUGUCCAGAUGCUUUUUGACAAAGUCACAGGGAGCCACUGGAGAGGGUCGAAAGAGCCACACGUGACUCGCUGGUCGCUGACCCCUGGUUUAGAAAACAAGAUGUAACAAGUCCUGCUGUUAUCUGCCAUGUCUAACACUCGACAAAUAAUUUAACAGUAAUGAUGAUUAAAACGGCGGUAAGCGCAGCUGUACCCCACCCUACAGCAGGACCACACGUCGUCACUCUGAGUGUUCUGCAGGAGUGAGACCCCACACACUCGGCAGCUCACUGAUGGAAAUCAAAACAAAGGCUUUCCCUUCUGUUAGGGGGCACAAACCGUUUCACUCACCAUCCCGUCCAGUGCUCAGUCACGUUUCUGUAAAAUCAAUAUUAAAGCAGCAGUCUUUAUUCAAACGGGACCGAUUUUAUCUUAAACACACGCUGCCUCAGUGUCGUCCAGACGAAAUGGGAUAAAGUUUAGACCUGAGGGUCGGAACAUGUUCUGGGUUUAGGAACCUGUUAUCGUGUCCCACACUCUGGCGAUGAUGAUGAUCAUGUCCGGUCUGGAUUUCCUCUCCCUGGGGCCGACACUCGCUCAUUUACACUUCUGUAUUCCCGUUUUCCCGACUGCGAGUCGAGUUCGGAAUCUCAAGUGUCUGUAAUUAGUUCUCACUCAGCAUGAGGUGAAAUUCUCUUUUCCUGAUAAUUAGCUCUUACAAAAGGUCAUGAAAGCAGCGUUCUAAUCGUAAAUGAGCUGUGAGAGAGUUUCCAUGGUAAACAUUGACCUUAGUUAUGCAGCGGUUAUCAGUUGAUCGUUAUUUUUUAUUUUUUUAAAAUAAACAGAUUCCAUCAUCACAUUUAAAUCAUUUUAUUAAUUUGUUACACAAAAACUUAACAUUUUUUUUAACUCCUUUUCAUCAACAAAUCCAUAAAUUUAGAUUAACCGUUUUAGGUAGGACAUCCUAUAAAAAGAGGCGGAGUUAGUGCAUGUCUCUGGUGACUAAACUGUAGCGCACUUCAUACUUAAGAGACGCUCUUUCGCCAUUUAGUCAUUUUCGGCUCUUUGCCUUUGUGGGUGUGGCUAAAUGUUAAUGCUAUGACUGCGCUUGGUAAUUAACACCGGAUUGGUGUUGAUCAGCAUCCACAUGUUCAAGUGAAGAAAAUCCAAGUUACCAAAAUGUGUGUAAAGCAGGAGUGAUUUAAAUUUUUUUUUUGAAAAUAUUUACAUACAACCUUUACUAAAAUAUGAAAGAAUUGAUGCUGUUUCUUGCUGCCUUCUGAUGGAGAACAGAUGCUGCUCCAGGUGUGAGUGGGAAUAGUGAUUUGUGUUGUUCACUGGUGAUAAAAAAUAUUGUUUAAAUUUGGGUUAUGGAGUGUAAUGGAUUACUGGCACAUGCUUACUGUAGAGCACCAGAACAAAACCGCUAAAGGGCCUGUUGAAAUAUUAAAAUGUAAAAUAAUCAUAAUUUCAUUAAUAUUUAAAAAUAAUUCAACAUGUAGCGUGAUGUUUCCGAUAUGCCAAAGCGAAUAUUAAUUCCACCAAGGUUUUCUGACUUUCCUGGAUUUUUUUUUUUUUCUGAAGCAAAAACACUUUGAAUUCUUGUGUAAUAUAAAAUGACCAUCGUUACGCAGUGCGUGAUGAAUGACCAGUUUUUAAUCUCUUGAUUUUUACUUAAAACUUCACAUUUAUCUUCAUAUUUAAUAUUCUUUUCGCAUGCCUAGUUCUCAUUUUCUCUAUGUGUUUUGUUUUCUUGAAAAAAGUUGAUCUUUUUUUUUUUUCUUUCUUUUUUUGAGGAACUGUCAGAGGUCAGUUGACUGCCAGAACAGUUUGGGGGGGAAACGUCUAAAUAUUAUCUGGAGGUUUGAGGAAGUUUCAGAAUCAUGUGUACGACGAUGUUUGCGUGUUGUACGUGGUUAAAGCGAUAAAGGGGCUGCGUCCUCGCUUUGUAAGAGCUCUCGAAACAACCAGUGAGAAUAUUAUAGCUAGUUUAUAUGUAACUAUUUACUUAUUUGGCUGGUUUUUUUUUUCUUACAGGUGCCACUUUUUAUAUUCAUUAAACCUGAGAAAAUAAAUAAAGUCUUUUAACAAA